AUGCGGUUCCUCUGUCUUCAUGGUGCCAUCGGCAAUAUCGAAAACAUCAGCAUUCAACUAGCACCGCUACAGAAGGAGCUGGCACGCGAUUAUGCGGCUUCGUUCCAUUACAUCAACGGUUUGCCAAAAGGGAGUUCCAAUUUAAUGUCUCAUUUUUUUACAGGAUUUGAGGAGUAUUUUGGCGCCGGGCCGCACUAUCGCUGGGCGGAAGAUGGUGGUGUAGCCGAAGAGUCGAUGAUCAGCCGGGUACGAAAAAUCCCAGUUGGCCAGAACCCAGAGGAUGUGAUGCGUGACUUGGCCGGUGACCGAGAAGUGGCAUGGAAGAACCACGAUGAUGUGAUGCAGUAUCUCUAUGAUACUUUUGAGGAGAACCCAGACAUUGGCGGCAUCAUUGGAUACAGCGAAGGUGCAUCGAUCGCCGCGACAUUCAUUCUGGACGAGCAGCGCAGAUUCGAAGAGACUGGCCGCGAGCGACGCAUCAAAUGCGCAAUGUUCAUUACUGGCUGGCCUCCAAUUGACCCCCACAAGGGCAUUGUCCUCGCAGAUCAGGAAGACGACCUGAUCGAUGUACCAUCUCUGCAUGUUGUGGGCGCCAAUGAUCCUUUCCGACAUGGCGCAUACGCGCUAUACAACGUAUGCGACCCGGAUACAGCCGCAUUAUUCGACACGGGUAAGGGCCAUACUAUUCCGCGAUCUGGAUUGGUGAUCACUGAGCUAGGCGACGCGAUCCGAGACCUCAUAGCUAAGUCACAAGAGGCAUUUUAA